AUGGCUCGCCGUCCCCGUGCCUACGCUGGCCGUAGCAGCGAGGACGACGACGAAACCGCUAGCAGUGCGUCGUUCCGCCUGGACUCGGAUGACGCCGUCAGUGCGGAUUUGCAGACGGACGUCACAGAUGUCACAGACUCCGAUGUGCCUCCCCCCACUCGCCGUAAAGGCAAAGGUCGACCCCGUCAGAAGCGCUCUAGGCCGAGGUCUUCAGGGAGAAAGGCUCACAAGAGUGAGAAAGGAUCUCCUUCUCUAAGCCGCCCAGAGACGGACUCAGACUGCAGCUCUAGCGACGAGGACGUGAAUGUCGACGCUCGCUGUUCUCAACGUCCUGGGCGACGAUGUUCGCAAGAGAAAUCUCGAGCACCUGCUGCUCUGCCAGGCCCCUCAAGACGGACCGACGAUGCGGACACCAGCUCCAGUGACGAUGACUGCCGCGACAGUAGCUCCGAUAGCCACUCUGACACGGACCCUGACAUUGACUCGGAUGACGAGGUAUCAUCAGACAGUGACGAUGAUGGUUACGCAGACGGCACCAGAAGGAACAUUACGCGGAUGGACGAGAGAUGGGCACGGUAUUGCCGAAAGAGGAAUAAGAAAUACAGGGCGCUCCCAGACUCUGUGUGGGCAGACCCUGCUUCGGCUCUUCGCAAUGCAAGGAAAAAGGAGUUGACGCUGUUCCUCCGUUGGUGCCUGCGGUUGCGGCGGGGGAAGAAUGGCCGGAAGCUAAGGGGGAUCAAGAAAUUUAAGUCUUUGGAUACGGAUUGGAAGUCAUUCCUCCGUCAUUAUGAAAAGAUUACCGGGGAGCCAAUGGACAAUGAGCUCGGAAGGCGAAUGAGAAAGAGUAUUCGCAGGAUUGCAAGGGAGCAUGAUCUGGAUACGGAUGAAAAAGAAAAGACCCCGAUGUUUAUUGAAGAUGUGGUGCCCCUGCAGGAGACAACCCUGCGCACCAUGGAGAAACGGUUCUAUCUUGGACUUCAGCGCAUGCAGCAAUGUCUCUACCCUUUGAUGGCGUGCUUUACGGUGAAUCGGAUCAAUGCGAUGCGUCGUCUUCAGUACCAGCAUCUGCAGUGUUCCAUCCAACGGGAUCCCCAUGGGGGACCGCCCCGAAUCCUUCUGGAGAUCAAGUAUAAAUUUGCCAAGAAAUACAUGGGUGUGACGCAAGCAAACACCUUCCCCCUCCCCGAGAUUAUCUAUGAUCCGUCGUUGAUGCUGAGCCCUCAUACGUUCCUUCUCGGAAUUCUCUUUCAUGAUGAUGCAUUUCGGGCUCCGGGAAUCAAGUCCAUGGAGGACCUCCGACGCCUGUGGGUGGAAGAUGGCCGUCAGCAGAUGGAGGUCCCAUUAAAACGGGACAAGGCUCACCACUAUGUCUUCUGCAAGGUCACGAGCGUCCGCGGCAAGAUUCAGGUCCAUCGCGAUCAGCCUAUCUCUCAAAGCACCCUCUCCCGACAGCUCAAGGUCUUUGGCGAGAUCGCCGGCUUUCCGUGGUCGUUGUUCACGCAUCGGUUCCGGUACGGUGGGGGAACUAUUUUAAAUGAAAGCGGUCUUGUUAGCGACGCCAAACAGAACUUGAUCAUGAAGCACGCGGAUAUCCGAACGUUCCUGAACCAUUACCUUCCUCGGCGCAUCGGCACGGAUAUGCAGGCGUUGAUGAGGGGCCUCCAGCCUGAUUCGGCCAUGAUAAGGGCGGUCACUCGCAUGGGACGAUGGAUUGACCGACGUCGGCCCCGAGAGCUCACGGAUGCGCAGAAGGCCACGGUGGAGCACGACCCCGAGCUGCAGGCAGCUAUUCGGAAGCGGGAUGCGUUCUCCAAAAAACUCCAGCGCAGUCGGAAAAAGUCUGGCCGGAAGCUUGAUAAGCUUGACAAACUGAAACGGGAAGUCACAAAUACGCGGAAUCGACUCCUGUAUGCGCUCCGCCAACGGGUGCGAGAGGAAUUUGAUGAGGAGCAGGCAGUCCUUGAUAUCGAGCGGCAGCUGGCGGGCACUGCAAUUCUCGACGAAGAGACUAAGAAGCAGCUCCAAACGGAAGAGCAACUCCUUCCACAGCAGAUUCACCUGCUGGGGAAACUCAUGACGUGGCCCACCUCCUCGUCGGUGGAAAUUGAGUGGCAGCGACGAAAUGAGGCUACCGAAGCCGUUCGACUCUAUUGUGAUGUCCUGGAAGGUGGCCCGCGCCGCGGUCGACGGCCCAAGCGGACUGUGCCGGUUCAAGAAACUCUGAUGCAUAGCCCCCCCGGAGAAAUGAUGGCGCCCGCCCAACACCCUCUUCUUGCCCCGUCGCCCUCACGGCAUGAAAUUGCCUUGCAGGAGGCUGGCGAAGACAUCCGAACUGCCGUGAAGCCCCGAGCCUGCUUUCAAUGCUACGGAAACCCCGCGGGACGUGACCAUCGGCGUCUUAUGCAGUACUCCCGCCAUAAAGGUCUGUUGCGACACUUCCGAGCCGUGCACCUCGACGAUCGUCACUGUAACUACUGCAACGAGUCGGUGGACAACGAGAUGCUUUGGCGAAGGCACACCGUCGACAAGCAUCGCUUGAAUGUCAGAUAUCUUGGGGACUACCCUCAUGAUCUUCGAGUAUAUUAG